GUCAUCACUAAGAACAAAACGUAAACAAAGCAAAAAUCUACAAAUAUUGACGAGAAAAUGGAUUACAUUUGGUGGCUAUCGGUGACCUAGCCAAGCGCUCCCACCCAACCAUGGAUGCCCUCAAGAUGCUGCAGGGCACCACCCAUUCGCAGUCGGCAGGAGCCCCCUCCUCGCGACUACGGCAACGGUUCCAUCUCCCCCACUGGCCUUCAAGACCGAAACCUGGCCGCCGUCUCGGAUAUUUACGCGGUCAAAGCAGAGGAUUCGUUUUGCUGGAAAAGGGCACAGGCGCCGCGGAAACUAUGCUCUACCAGUCAUGUAUUGGUAGAGCUCGCAUGGAAACGCGGCCCUCAAAGGAACAGGCGCGAUGCGCGUGUAUAUGGUCACCUAAUCCUGAGGAGCUCCAGGGGAAAAGAAGGGACAGGCCGAAAAGGCAAGCAACGAGGACAAAUAAGGCUCUCGGGUCUAACUCCGGAUAAACUCACAAACAGCCACCGUCGGGCCGGCCUGGAGGCGAUUAUAGCCCGGGCUGAUGACUUCCCCGUCGGAGGCCAGCAGCGACACGGGUCUCCACACGGGAAAACGGCGCUCUCCGGUGAGUUGUGUAAGGGCAGUCCGAGAUUCGGCUGCCAGACAAAAUGGCGAUACUUCUCAGCGCCGCAAUGCGACCGCUGGAAGUUCCCGAGAGGAGGAGGACGACGCGGUACGCCGGAACGGACUCACCGGGAAGUCUUGACGUUGUCGGCGUCGAUUGUGGAAGGCUUUCCUGGUUGGUCGCUGGCACGGGUCGAACGGACACCGGUUGCUGGGCAGCCAAGUCGGGCUGGUAGGCACAAAGAAAAUUUAUACUAGCACUUCUAGCUGCAUCUGCCUUGAUUGCUGGACAGUAUGGCCGCGACUAUCACGCAAUCUGCUGAUCAUCGCCCCCCGCCAUAUUACAUGGCCUCUCUCGACAUUGGGUCAUUGGAUACAUGGGCCAUUUGAAGUAAUCCCAGAGCGAACCGGGAUUAAUCUUCAAAUGGCCAGAUCGCCCGCCAGACUCAUCCCGCUGCUGCAGCUAUCGCCCUAUCGACCUAAACUAUCGAUAACGUCGCUCCCACUCGAAUCCAAUUGCAACAAAUAAAAUUAUUUGCAUGGGCU